GAAAGAUUGUGCAGUCAUGUAAGGCUGAAAAUAAAGGAAUGCUAGUUUAUGUGUGGCUGUGGCUGUGCCACAAACAUUUGUCAAUGAUUCAAGCCAAAAUCAGUAUGAAGCCCCACACACAGCCUUCUUCCCUCACGCACGUGCCUUACUUCCGCUCCACCACUGCCGCACGUGCCACUCCUCAUGACGCCGCCGCCGCCCUCCAUUUCCGCCGCGCCUCGCCUGUCAAGCGCCGCCGCAUCAACCUAUCCGUCCGCCAUUCCAGCCGCGUCACCGCGGCUUCCCAGCCGUGCCGUUCCAACGGCGACGAGCCUCCUGCUCGGAGCAGCCGGCGAGGGGUUCUGAUGGCGCCGUUCCUGGCCGCCGGCGCGUCGAUUCUCCUCUCGGCGGCGGCGAGAGCAGAGGACAAGUCGGCGGAGCCUCCUCCGGCGCCGAAGCCGGAGGAGGAGGAAGUGAUAACGUCUCGGAUUUACGACGCGGCGGUGAUAGGAGAACCGUUGGCGAUAGGAAAAGAGAAGGGGAAAGUGUGGGAGAAGUUGAUAAACGCUCGGGUGGUGUAUUUAGGGGAAGCGGAGCAGGUUCCCGUUCGAGACGAUAGGGAAUUGGAGCUUGAGAUUGUGAAGAAUUUGCAGAGGCGAUGCGUGGAGAAGGAGAAGCGUUUGUCUCUGGCGCUCGAAGUCUUUCCCUCUAAUCUUCAGGAACCGCUCAAUCAGUAUAUGGAUAAGAAGAUAGAUGGAGAAACCUUGAAGUCUUAUACGAUACAUUGGCCUCCUCAAAGAUGGCAGGAGUAUGAACCUAUUCUGAGCUACUGUCGCGAAAAUGGAAUUCAUCUUGUUGCUUGUGGUACUCCACUGAAGAUCUUGAGAACUGUCCAAGCAGAAGGAAUUCGUGGCCUUACAAAGGAUGAACGUAAACUAUAUGCACCUCCAGCUGGUUCAGGCUUCGUAUCAGGCUUUACUUCUGUCUCACGUAGAUCUUCAGUUGAUAGUACUCAAAAUCUGUCUAUUCCUUUUGGUCCAAGCUCAUACCUUGCUGCACAGGCUAAAGUAGUUGAUGAGUAUUCAAUGUCCCAGAUUAUCUUACAAAACGUACUUGAUGGAGGGGCCACCGGGAUGUUAAUAGUUGUGACUGGUGCAAGCCAUGUUACAUAUGGAUCUAGAGGAACUGGAGUGCCAGCAAGAAUUUCAAGAAAAAUACAAAAGAAAAACCAAGUAGUUAUAUUACUUGACCCUGAAAGACAAUUCAUUCGCAGAGAGGGAGAAGUUCCUGUUGCUGAUUUUUUGUGGUAUUCUGCUGCCAGACCCUGCAGUAGAAAUUGCUUUGACCGUGCUGAGAUUGCUCGGGUUAUGAAUGCUGCUGGGCGGAGGCGAGAUGCCCUCCCACAGGAUCUCCAAAAGGGAAUUGAUCUUGGUUUAGUAUCACCAGAGGUGUUGCAGAACUUUUUUGAUCUAGAGAAGUAUCCUCUAAUUUCAGAACUCACUCACCGUUUCCAGGGUUUCAGGGAAAGAUUGUUGGCAGAUCCCAAAUUCUUGCAUAGAUUGGCCAUAGAAGAAGCUAUAUCAAUAACAACAACAUUAUUGGCACAGUAUGAAAAGCGGAAAGAAAAUUUUUUCCAAGAGAUUGACUAUGUUAUUACAGACACUGUCAGAGGAUCAGUUGUUGAUUUCUUUACUGUGUGGCUUCCUGCACCAACUUUGUCAUUCCUUUCAUAUGCUGAUGAGAUGAAUGCACCUGACAACGUUGGUUCUCUAAUGGGACUUCUUGGCUCCAUCCCAGACAAUGCAUUUCAAAAGAAUCCAGCAGGAACAAACUGGAAUCUCAAUCAUAGAGUUGCAUCAGUUGUAUUUGGUGGGCUAAAACUUGCUAGUGUUGGAUUUAUUUCAAGCUUAGGAGCUGUGGCUUCAUCAAAUUCUCUAUAUGCAAUUCGUAAAUACCUUAAUCCAGAAGUUGUCACUGAACAACGGAUUAUGAGGUCACCAAUACUCAAAACAGCAGUUGUAUAUGCUUGCUUUCUCGGAGUAUCUGCAAAUCUCCGUUAUCAGAUAAUUGCUGGGAUCGUGGAGCAUCGAAUUUCUGAACAGUUUUCUUCCCAAACAUUCCUUGUAAAUAUGCUUUCUUUUGUAGCUCGGACAAUCAAUUCCUAUUGGGGAACUCAGCAAUGGAUUGACCUAGCGCGCUUUACUGGCCUUCAAGUUAGAAAGACAGAGUUACCGACAUCAGAUUCUCCGAAUCAUGCUGCAAUUUUAUGCAACGAAACAGAAGAAGCUAGCAUUGAUGAGAUAAAAAAUGAAUGAGGUGAAAAUAUCUUGCGACAUUUUUUCUUUGUAAUUUAUAUUAUUCUUGAAAAGCUGGUAAAUAGGCACAAAGGAAUAGGUUAUUGUUUACAUGAUAGUAUCUUUCUCUCCCUCUCUGAAUGAACCUGUUCACAAUUCCAUUACAGCUCAAUUGUAUACGUUCUGAUAUGUCCAGUUUGGUGAAUGUAAUAUUUUUCUUUUAAAUUUAAGAGGAAUAAAUAGAGGUGUUUCAAAUCGAAACCAAUUUAAGUUAUUAUACUCUCAGCUUAAGGGAUAUAUCUCUUUGUAAGUCUUGAUAAAAUGGUAAUAAAAAGAUAACAGGAGCAAUUGUAUUUAA